ACGCCUCCCGCCCUCCUUCCAGGAGCCGCCUGGGAUGCAGCUCCCCGCGGCUGCCACACCGGAAGCGGCCCCUGGCGUGUGCGGGGCGGCAGCCGAGGGUCCCGCACGCGGGGCGGGGCCGCCGGGCAGGUCCCCCGCCUCCCGGGGGCGCGCGAGGACCGGGCGGGGCCGCCGUCCCUUCCGGGGAGCGGUGGCCGCCGCCGCGUCCGCCGGGCAGCUUCCCACCCCGCCCCCCCGCGGCUCUGUGUGACGCUUCUCCAAUAACAGCUCGCGGGGAGCCGUAGCUGGGGGCUCCGCCGGCGCCAGGGCCCCUCCGCGCCAGCCCGGCCGCCGGCAUGAGGGCCGAGGGCGACGGCGGUCUGGAGCGCUUCUGCAGCCCCGGCAAGGGCCGGGGGCUGCGGGCCCUGCAGUCCUUCCAGGUGGGGGACUUGCUCUUCUCCUGCCCGGCCUACGCCUACGUGCUCACGGUCAACGAGCGGGGCAACCACUGCGAGUUUUGCUUCGCCAGGAAAGAAGGAUUGUCCAAAUGUGGAAGAUGCAAGCAGGCAUUUUACUGCAAUGUGGAGUGUCAGAGAGAAGAUUGGCCCAUGCACAAGCUGGAAUGUUCUCCCAUGGUUGUUUUGGGGGAAAACUGGAAUCCCUCAGAGACGGUAAGGCUGACUGCAAGGAUUCUGGCCAAACAGAAAAUCCACCUAGAGAGAACACCUUCAGAGAAAUUGUUAGCCGUGAAGGAGUUUGAAUCACAUCUGGAUAAAUUAGACAAUGAGAAGAAGGAUUUGAUUCAGAGUGACAUUGCUGCUCUCCAUCACUUUUACUCCAAGCACCUCGAGUUCCCUGACAACCAUAGCCUGGUAGUCCUCUUCGCACAGGUUAACUGUAACGGCUUCACAAUUGAAGAUGAAGAACUUUCUCAUUUGGGAUCAGCAAUAUUUCCUGAUGUUGCACUGAUGAAUCAUAGUUGUUGCCCCAAUGUCAUUGUGACCUACAAGGGGACCCUGGCAGAAGUCAGAGCUGUACAGGAAAUCCACCCAGGAGAGGAGGUUUUUACCAGCUACAUUGACCUCCUGUACCCGACAGAAGACAGGAAUGACCGGUUAAGAGAUUCUUAUUUCUUCACCUGUGAGUGCCAGGAAUGCACCACCAAAGACAAGGAUAAGGCCAAGGUGGAAAUCCGGAAGCUCAGUGACCCCCCAAAGGCAGAAGCCAUCCGUGACAUGGUCAGAUACGCACGCAAUGUCAUUGAGGAGUUCCGGCGGGCCAAGCACUACAAAUCCCCUAGUGAGCUGCUGGAGAUCUGCGAGCUCAGCCAGGAGAAGAUGAGCUGCGUGUUUGAGGACAGUAACGUGUACAUGCUGCACAUGAUGUACCAGGCCAUGGGCGUCUGCUUGUACAUGCAGGACUGGGAGGGAGCCCUGCGGUACGGACGGAAAAUCAUCCAGCCCUACAGUAAGCACUAUCCUCUGUACUCCCUCAACGUGGCCUCCAUGUGGCUGAAGCUGGGAAGAUUGUACAUGGGCCUGGAGAACAAAGCUGCUGGCGAGAGAGCUCUGAAGAAGGCCAUUGCCAUCAUGGAAGUAGCUCAUGGCAAAGACCAUCCGUACAUUUCCGAGAUCAAACAGGAAAUUGAAAGCCACUGAAACUACGCUGACACUUUAGUUUUUACUUAAAUCCAAGUGCAGAAACCUUCGAGGAUUUGACUGUUUCAAAUCAUACACGUCAUGCCAGCAUCUCUGUAAACUCAUUGGAAUGAAAACACGACUUGCACUUAACCUCACAAAUGGCUUACUUGGAUGUUGGUCUUCAUCUUUAACCUUAAUAUCAAAUUAAUUUUUGAAUGCUUUUUUUCCCUAAAAGAUAACGGCAUGGUUUCAUAUAUUAUAAUAUACUUUGGACAGAUUGCAUUUAAAAAUGCAGUUAUUUUUCCCUUCGUGCCUACUGUAAUGUUCUAAACAUACAUGAAUUACGAAAGAGAAUUAAAAAAGGUAAUAGUA